UAUUUUUUUUCCUCGGCGGCCACCUGAACGGCGGCAGAAAAUGAACUCUCUGAUCAUCUCCCUCCGCCGCAUCCUCCCCUUAAACCCUAAUCCUCGCCGCCAUUUCCUUCUUCAUAAAUUCUUAUCCUAUCGCCGUUCAUGGCCGCCGAUUCCCGUCGAGCCUAUCAUCCAACGGUUACAAUCACCCGCCGUGCCCAAUUCUCCAUGUACUCCACCUAAUCAAAUCACCCUCCCCGAUUUCUCACCGACCGAUUUCUCCACCAUAUCGAAUCUUCUCGAAAACCCUGAUGUUGACUUGGGUUCGAGUCUCGAGUCGGCUCUGGAUGAAACAGGAAUCGAACCGAGCAUUCAGUUGAUUCAAGCGCUGUUCGAUCGGUUAAGGUCAUCGCCGAUGCUGCUCCACUCGCUGUUCAAAUGGGCCGAGAUGAAACCUGGGUUUACACCUUCUCCCUCAAUGUUUGAUUCUGUAAUUAAUGCUUUGUGUAAAGCUCGUGAAUUUGAAAUUGCUUGGUCGUUGAUUUUCGAUCGCGUGAGAAGCGAUGGAGGAUCUGAUUUGGUUUCUGCAGAUACGUUUGUCGUUUUGAUCAGACGGUAUGCUCGUGCUGGUAUGGUGCAACAAGCUAUACGGGCUUUUGAAUUCGCUAGAAGUUAUGAUCCGGUUUGUAAAUCAGCUUCGGAACUUAAAUUGCUCGAAGUUUUGUUAGAUGCUCUUUGUAAAGAAGGACAUGUUAGAGAAGCCUCAAUGUAUUUGGAGAGAAGACGAAGAAUAGAUUCGAAUUGGGUUCCCUCUGUUCGGAUUUUCAACAUCUUGUUGAAUGGAUGGUUCCGUUCAAGAAAACUGAAACAGGCAGAGAACUUAUGGGCAGAAAUGAAAGUGAUGAAUGUGAAACCGACCGUUGUCACUUACGGUACUCUCAUAGAAGGUUUUUGCAGGAUGCGUCGUGUUGAGAUUGCUAUGGAAGUUCUUGAAGAAAUGAAGAUGGCAGAAAUGGAGCUGAAUUUUAUGGUCUUUAAUCCCAUAAUCGACGGUUUAGGAGAAUCUGGUCGGUUACAAGAGGCUCUUGGUAUGAUGGAAAGGUUCUUCGUUUCCGAAUCGGGUCCUACCAUAGUGACUUAUAACUCACUAGUAAAGAGUUUCUGCAAGGCUGGAGAUUUAACCGGUGCUAGCAAGAUACUCAAGAUGAUGAUGAACCGAGGCGUUGAUCCUACCCCGACUACAUACAACCAUUUCUUCAAGUUUUUCUCAAAGCAUAACAAAACAGAACAAGGCAUGAACUUAUACUUCAAGUUGAUUGAAGCUGGACAUAGCCCCGACCGGUUUACUUACCAUUUGAUCUUGAAAAUGCUGUGCGAGGAUGGGAAGCUGAGCUUGGCGAUGCAAGUGAACAAGGAGAUGAAAAACAGAGGAAUCGAUCCCGACUUAUUGACAACCACGAUGAUGAUUCAUUUGCUCUGCAGGCUCGACAUGUUGGAAGAAGCAUUCGGAGAGUUUGAGAAGGCGGUGAGGAGAGGGAUUGUUCCACAGUACAUCACUUUCAAGAUGAUCGAUAACGGGUUGAGAUCGAAAGGGAUGAUCGAUAUGGCGAAGAGAUUAUCCAGUGUAAUGUCGUCUCUUCCUCACUCGAAGAAGCUACCAAAUACGUACAGAGAAGUGGUAGAUGCGCCGCCUGAUAGAGAUAGAAAGAAGUCUAUAUUGCAUAAAGCAGAAGCAAUGUCUGAUGUUUUGAAAGGUUGCAGAAACCCAAGAAAACUCGUGAAGAUGCGUGGAUCGCAUCAAAGAACUGUUGGUGAAGACAAGAAGUUGGUAGAUGAUCUAAACGAAGGAGAUGGAGAUUCAGGGGACUUUGAGUGAGAGUAUCUUUUUUUUUGUUGUAAUUGUAAACAGAGGUUAGGAUUGGGAUUAUAACGGGCUCGUAAUUGGCCAUUCAUCUAGAAUUGAACUGAUGAU